AUGGUGGCAGCGACCCGGUUGCAGAAUCCAUUGGCGGCCCCAGAACGAGCUUAUAUAGCACUCGGACUGGAAGGAUCGGCCAACAAGCUCGGCAUCGGCGUCAUCCGACAUUCACCUGUCGAGACUACCCUCGAGCGCUCCUCACCAGCUUCACCGGCCACUUAUGCUUGCAAAUCUUCCAACGCCCAAGUCCAGGUACUCUCAAACGUGCGCCAUACAUACAUCACACCUCCCGGAACGGGCUUCCAGCCGGGAGAUACCGCUCGACAUCACCGACAAUGGAUCAUGCGAGUGACCAAGAAAGCACUUCUCGCGGCCAAGCUGGACAUGAGCCAGGUCGAUUGCGUUUGCUUCACAAAGGGGCCAGGCAUGGGCGCUCCUCUGCAGACGGUCGCCUUUGUCGCGCGCAUUCUUGCGACGAUGUACGGAAAGCCGCUCAUAGGCGUCAAUCACUGCGUCGGUCAUAUUGAGAUGGGUCGCACGAUCACCUCCGCCCUCAAUCCGGUGGUUUUGUACGUGUCUGGUGGCAACACUCAGAUCAUCGCCUACUCGCAUCAGCGCUACCGUAUUUUCGGCGAGACGCUCGACAUUGCCGUUGGCAACUGCCUGGAUCGCUUCGCGCGCAUCGUCGGUCUCCCAAACGAUCCAAGUCCUGGUUACAAUAUCGAGCUCGCGGCCCGAAAAGGAUCGAAGCUUCUGGCGAUGCCAUACGCAACCAAGGGCAUGGAUGUCAUGCUGGGUGGCAUACUUGCUAGUGCGGCAGCCUGGACGCGCCAUCCUCGCUUCAAGCAAUCAGCUCUGGCAUCUGAUCCCGCCUCCCUUGACGAUCUCCACCUCGCCCAGGACGACCCAAAGGACGAUUGUGAUGCUCAGGAUAGUGAGACUGACGACGGUUUCACGACCGAGGACCUCUGUUUCUCGCUGCAAGAGACUAUCUUUGCUAUGCUCGUCGAAAUUACAGAACGCGCGAUGGCUCAUAUAGGCAGUCGAGAAGUCCUUAUCGUCGGUGGAGUAGGCUGCAAUGAGAGGUUACAACAGAUGAUGGGCAUCAUGGCCUCUGAGCGGGGUGGCAGUGUGUUCGCGACGGACGAAAAAUUCUGCAUAGACAAUGGCAUCAUGAUUGCGCACGCUGGCCUGCUCAGUCAUCGCAUGGGCUUCGCUACCAGACUGGAACACUCAACGAUCACGCAGCGCUUCAGGACAGAUCAGGUACUUGUCAAUUGGCGUGCGUGA